AGUGUGAGCAUCAAGAAAGCCACUAUGAGUAAGAAGACUUUAAAGAAAUCUCUCAAGAAAAAUGGAUGGAAAACACCUAUUAUCUCUCAUAGUGUGGUUUUCAAAAGACCAGUUCUGUCUUUAGGCCUUAAACCAAUUGCACCAAGAAAGCAAAGAUUGACCUUCAUUCGACAGGCAAAAACAUACAAAAUACGAAAGACACCGUCAAAUAAGUUCCUCGAAGCUCUCAACGCAAUUCAACGAGGCACUGCUGACGCAAAGGCUGCACAAAAGUGGAAGAGGAAGCGCAAACGCGUUAAUCUACAAGCAACAAAGAAAGCACUCAAGCUAGCGGUCAAAAACCGUAUGUUUCAUUACGCAAGGCACAAGCUUGGACAUGCCCUAUACUCCAUUAAGCACGGCUCUUCACGGAGACCUAAGCGAUCAACAAAAGGUCAGGCAGCMAGUUUUAUGGGUGAUCUCAAGCGACAAAUGGGUACAGACAAGUUUGACGAGUUCAUGGCUGUCAUGGGGGAUGUUACAUUAAUGUUUGCUAUUGAUACAACUGGUAGUAUGUCUGAUGAGAUUGACGCGGCUAAGCGCAUUGCUGUAGACGUGAUCAACUACCCCAGGGAGAAUCCUGUUAGUUAUAUAUUAUCACCGUUCAACGAUCCUAAAACCGGACCCACGACGUUUAAAAAUAGCACCCAAGGAGCAUUAUUCGUCGAUGCCAUUAACAAUUUAAAAGCUCAUGGGGGAGGGGACUGUCCUGAAUUGACGAUGACAGCGAUAUUAGAUGCUUUACAUGAGGGACCUGACUGGGGAUCACCGCUGUACGUAUUUACCGAUGCUUCAGCAAAAGACGACUCCCGGACUAACAUUGAAGAGAUUAAGGAAAUGGCAGAGUUACAGGGAAAUACCAUCAACUUCUUCACAACGGGAUCACACUGCAAUAAUCCAAGUUACAAGUCAUUCCAAGAACUAGCUGAUGCCACUUCCGGUCAAGUACUCAUUCUGUCCAAUCACCAAGAGCUGCUGAAGCUUACUGGCUUCACCGGAAGUGUUUUAGGAGGCUCGAAUGUGAUUAGUUCCGGUUCUAAUAUGUCAAAUCGUAAGAAGCGAAGAGCUGCUGGUGAUCACAGAUACAGUAUCAAAGUUGAUGAUUCAAUCGGAAAGAUGUCAAUUUGUGUUACAACAACUCGUCCCAACCAAGGGGCAGCCAUCUUACUUAUCAACCCAAGAGGAACAACAAUAACAUCAGGAAAAGUCUCGAUGUCCAAAGUAUCAGUCUAUAGCGUCGCCAMACCCAACGUAGGGACCUGGAGUCUAGUCAUUCCAGCGUCUGUAGGGAAACAUAGUUACUUUAUCAAGUCAACAAGCGAUAGUAACAUUGAUUUUGAAUAUUACUUCACGCAUAGCAUAAGGAGACCUGCAACYGAGGUACCAAUARCUAACCCUCUUAAAGGCCGUGGUACGAAAGUUAUCCUAACCUUAGCUGGUUAUCACAAAGUGCAGAAAAACACUGUUGUCUUAGAACUAAUAACAAAGCAUGGAGAACACAUCAGAGAUGUCACGCUGCAGCCCGAUAGUCAAGGAAUGCGUUACAGUGCAACAUUUACCCCACCAUCCCGACCCUUUAAGCUCAAAAUCAAAGGCACUACAAAGGCUGGAAAUUCGUUUGAACGCGUUUCUCGUAACGUCAUCGAACCUAAACACGUUCUACUGCGAGUACUACGGUCUGAUAAAGACUUCACUCUACGACGAGGACAGAGAACCAGAGUCACAUUCCAUCUCUUUAACUCGGCAACUGUUAACAAAGUAGUGAAUAUUGCAGUCAAAGACACCUUACGUUAUGCCGCACCUGUAKCUCGCGCAAGACGUACCCUUAGACCAGGAAAGUGGGGSUUUUUCAGUGUWGAUUUCAACACACCUCGAAAUGCACCAAUUGGAUCUAGUGAUACUGCAAUUGUACAAAUUUCUGUUCAAAAUGGAUCAGAAAGAAGCUCUCUACCCGUUCAACUGAUAGUAGUUGCAUAACAAGRUUGACGGGCUGUAUAACAGGAUUGACGAGUAGUGUAACAGGACUGCAUGACUAGUUCUUUGAGAGAGUUUAUGAUUUAAAACUUAAACUAGACGCCCCUGGGGCGUGAAGUCGGACAUUGUAGCUAUUUUUGAAAAUUGAUAGACACGAGUGAAAAGAUUAUGAUGUUA